CUCUCAUUCCCUCUAUUCUCUAACCCUUUUCACCUGCCUUCUUCAUCAUCAUCAUCUCUCCUCAGUUCUUCCGAGUUAGAUCUCUCCUUAAAACCCCGCCACCAAAUCCGAAAAAGACAAUAAUUGUUGCAUUUACAAUCCCAGUUGUAAACCCCCCAAAACAUGUUCCCCUCACCCAACUGCAACAACUCCUUUGGCUCCUUGCUCAAAACAAGGCCAUCAUUAUCCUCACCAUCACCACCCUCUUUCCCCUUUGAUCAGAACCCCAACCUUAAACACGACAACAUCCUCUUCAACUUCCCCUCGCCCUUCCUCGACGAGCACGAAUCGCCCUUGGAUCAAAUCUUUUACCAAAGCCACCUCGCCGAUCAUGACAAGGCAACCAAUCCCGAGAAUUCAUACACUGAUCAUGAUCAGAUCCCCAGCGCUGCUCCUCCUCCUCCUCGGCGGAGGAAGGCCGGGAAGAAGGACCGGCACAGCAAGAUAUGCACGGCGCAGGGGAUCAGGGAUAGGAGAAUGCGCCUCUCUCUGCAAGUGGCUCGGAAAUUCUUCGAUCUUCAAGAUAUGCUCGGCUACGACAAGGCCAGCAAGACCAUAGAGUGGCUCUUCACGCAGUCGAACAAGGCGAUUAAGGAGCUCCACUCGCCUCCGCCUCCUCCGAGCGACGUGAAGAGCGAGUCCGAGUGCGAAGAUCAAUCCGGAAUCGAGGAGAUAAACUCCAACGCUGUCGCUCCAACCACUGCGGAUCGGGCCAAGGCAUCGAGGGAGAAGGCGAGGGCGAGGGCGAGGUGUCGGACGCGAGAGAAAAUGCUGUUGAAACGCCUCCGUUUGUGUGGAAACCCUAAUGAUAGUAUUAUCCCAUUUGAAGGAGGAGAGGAAGGGCUCAAUUCGGAAAUUAGGGUUUCUCAACCCGACGUGGUAAUGAUUGACAAGAUUUUGGGGAAUUCUGACUAUCACUGCGCAGUGUCGGAUCCGAGUUUGGUUGGAUUUAUAGGGAAUUGGGAUGCGUUAUCGAAUUGCUUUCACUAUUCGGUUGGGAAUCAUGUUUCCACUGCAGGUAAUCUUAACUCACUUUUCUCCUCGCCCACGCCAGAAUUUCCAUGAUAAUUUAGCAUGUGUAUUUUUUUGUUGGGGAGAUUUUUCUCCUCUUGCUUUGCUCACCAUUUGUAUAUUAUUCAAGUAUGGAUU